UGCUAAUGUAUAAAUGGUCACCCAUUUUAAGAGACAAAGGUCAGAAAAAAAACCUUAUAAAUAAAAUUUACCGCUGUAAUACCCUUAUUCUACAUCCUGACGCCACACAAUAGUUGAAGGGACCGCUCGCCUGUAAAGGAAUAAAAGGAAACACAGCAGCAUGGCACAGAAAGAGAAGCUGCAGUGUCUGAAGGACUUCCAUAAAGACACUCUGAAGCCCUCCCCAGGCAAGAGCCCGGGCACGAGGCCCGAGGACGAGGCGGAGGGAAAGCCGCCCCAGAGGGAGAAGUGGGCGAGCAAGCUUGACUUCCUGCUCUCCGUGGCCGGCGGCUUUGUGGGUUUAGGCAACGUGUGGCGCUUCCCUUACCUCUGCUACAAGAACGGUGGAGGUGCAUUUCUCAUUCCGUACUUCAUCUUCCUGUUUGGAGGGGGACUUCCUGUUUUCUUCCUGGAGGUGGCGCUUGGGCAGUUCACCUCCGAGGGCGGCAUCACCUGCUGGGAGAAACUCUGUCCCAUCUUUACCGGUAUCGGCUAUGCCUCCGUCGUGAUCGUGUCUCUGCUCAACAUAUACUACAUCGUGAUCCUGGCCUGGGGCCUGUACUACCUGUUCCAGUGCUUUCAGCCUGAGCUGCCCUGGGCGCGCUGCAACCAGCCCUGGAACACCCCCAACUGCGUGGAGGACACCGUCCGUAAGAACAAGACCCUCUGGCUGGCUGCUAACGUCACCAACUUCACCUCCCCAGUCACCGAGUUCUGGGAGCGUAAUGUGCUGUCCAUCUCCAGCGGUAUUGACGACCUGGGGCCCGUCAAGUGGGACCUGGCUCUCUGUCUGCUGGCCGUCUGGGUCAUCUGCUUCUUCUGCAUCUGGAAGGGAGUCAAGUCCACUGGAAAGGUGGUGUACGUCACAGCAACCUUCCCUUUCCUCAUGCUCAUCAUCCUGUUGAUCCGUGGCGUGACGCUGCCCGGCGCCUCCGUGGGCAUCAAGUUCUACCUGUACCCAGACCUGGCUCGCCUCAAGGACCCCGAGGUGUGGAUCGACGCGGGGACCCAGAUCUUCUUCUCCUACGCCAUCUGUCUCGGCGCCAUGACGUCCCUGGGAAGCUACAACAAGUACAAAUACAACUGCUACAGGGACUGUUUGCUGCUGGGAGCCCUCAACAGCGGUACCAGUUUUGUGUCUGGCUUCGCAAUAUUUUCCGUCCUGGGCUUCAUGGCACAAGAGCAAGGGGUGGACAUUGCCGAUGUGGCAGAGUCAGGCCCAGGACUGGCUUUCAUUGCCUAUCCCAAAGCUGUCUCCAUGAUGCCCCUACCAACCUUCUGGGCUAUUCUCUUCUUCAUCAUGCUUCUGCUUCUAGGCCUCGACAGUCAGUUUGUCGAAGUGGAAGGACAGAUCACAUCUCUGGUAGAUCUGUAUCCAUCCUUCCUAAGGAAGGGUUACCGGCGGGAAAUCUUUAUAGCUAUAGUGUGCUCCGUCAGCUAUCUUCUUGGACUCUCCAUGGUCACCAAGGGUGGCAUGUAUGUGUUCCAGCUCUUUGACUACUAUGCAGCCAGCGGCGUGUGCCUUCUGUGGGUUGCAUUCUUUGAAUGUAUUGCUGUAGCCUGGGUUUAUGGUGCUGAUAACUUCUACGAUGCCAUCGAGGACAUGAUUGGCUACAGACCCAACCCCUGGAUGAAAUGGAGCUGGACUGUGAUCACUCCUGCGCUCUGCGUGGCCUGCUUCGUCUUUUCAUUGGUCAAAUAUAAGCCUUUGACGUACAACAAGAUCUACGAGUAUCCUGAUUGGUCGAUCGGAGUGGGCUGGACCCUGGCCCUGGCCUCCAUGAUUUGCAUCCCUAUGGUGGUGGUCAUCAAGAUCAUCCAAUCGGACGGUCCACUCAUCGAGCGUAUCAAGGCGGUAGCGGCCCCAGUGCGCGGCGGAGCGAGCUCCCGCCCGGCGGACCACAACCACGGCAAGAGUGGCGAGCUGGGCUACCCCCUGGACCCCAACGGGAACAAGGGCCUGAUGAAGCCCACCCACACCAUCGUGGAGACCAUGAUGUAGUAGACCAGCCUUCGCUCUCCGUGAGAGGACCCCGCCCCCCCCACCCACCCACCCCCCACCUCUCCCCUGGCUUUCUAUGUGAUAGUUUAGAGUGCUACCGUACCGCUAGGCCCCAACAGUUUACAUUGUGUCUGCACUACGACUUGCUUGGGCUCGUUUUCUACACAGGAAGUUACAUAUUAUGGUUUUUCUGUCCAUGUUUUUAAUAUUUUUUAUUCGACUUGUUAUUAUUAUUAUUGAUAUUACUACUAUAAUUAUUAUUACAAUUGCCGUAGUUUUUAGAAGAAGAUAAUUUUUGAUCUCGGACGUACACAAAGCAGUACCUUUUUCGAAGUAGAUUCGUACAUGUUAUCUUUCUAACUCCUAUCCUGUAGAUAAUGGAAUAACAGUACUCUGUUUUUGAGGUGGCAUUUAAACAACAAAAAAAGACUUGUACCUACAAAGGGCCAUAUAUACCAGUAAGACUAAAUCUGUAACGUGUUUAAUAGUAACAUAUGAAUCUGUAGCUGUUGGUAGAAGGAGCCUCAGGCCCUGCCUCGCUCACUUCCUGUCUCUGUUUCUGUAGGGGUGCUAGUGAGGUGAGACUAGUCCAGUUGGUGUAGUUGUUCUUAUUAUUGUUGUUGAUGUUUGUCGUAAACCACCGCUGACUGUAACUCCACCAGCUACAGAGACCACAUCACCUAGCGGGGCUACAGUGUUAGCCAGCCCCUCCCCCGUGUGGUACAGUCCAACCCUGUCAUGGUAUGCUCCAUCCUUGUCUGUGCGAGAGAUGUUAAAGAUCUCUGCAAAGCGGUGCACACAUUUUCAUGUCUUGUGUUCUAGGCGUGUUCUACUGGAGGCUUGUUUUACUGUAGGGCAUAUUCUAGGCAUGAGGGUGUAUAGCUAGUGGUUUUAUCAUGUGACUUCUCCCUUUGUGGGUGGACCAGACACACACAACAUCAUGCUGGUAACACCAGCACCAUCUUCUGACAGCAUCAAACUUAAGCAGGAACCACCUGACGUCAUAGCCAUGGUUUUUUUUCCAUUAGCUAACAACAUCAGAGAUGCCCCAGAGAGUGCGGCUUUUGGCCUACGACAUCAUAAGACCAAGUGAUUUGUACACAUUUAUGACAUCACUAUGACAUCAUGACAUUCUCCCAUACACUGCCCCUGAUACAGUCCUUAGUCGUCAUGCUGACUCCGCUCUCAACGCUGACAGUGUUUGCUGCUCACCCCCCUGCUCCUCCCCCCCCCCGACCCUCACACACCACAGGGGUUUAGAAGGGCCUCCCCCUUCUGCCUUGUCACACUCCCUAAGAUCUCUUUCCUCCUGUUCUCUCUUUCCUCCUCCUCCUCCUCCUCCUCUCAGCUUCACCUGAGCCCAGAAAGUUUCAUUUGAGGGAGGGGUGGGAAAGGAUGCUUCUGAUGAGCAUUAAGCAUGCGCAAAAGCGACACGCUCGCUAGCCCUACGUUGAAAUGUGAAACUCACCUGGGGAACUGAAGCUGUAGUCAGUUACAUUCAUAGAUACACAUCUAUAAUUUUUUUUCUAACGCAAGUUAAUUCAAAUGUCAUGUUUUAUUUUUGAUUGUUUUUCAAUCACAUUUGCCUUUUGUAUCCAAAUAUCUUGUGUCUGAGUCAUUUGUCUGCAGUGGUUCACCUCUGCAACUGUUUAAUCGAUUAAGCUGCAAUCUGUAAUGUGCAAUAUACUUUUUAGAAUAAGAAGUAUUUGUUUCAUUUAUUUUUUGGGAAACAUGUGGUACUAACUUUGAAAUGUUUUGAAAGUUUGAACCUGCAAACACAUUGGAGAAAAACAUCAAUGCAAUUUUCAGGGGCCAAUGAAAAAGCUUAGACAGUGAUGUACUGCCAUCACAACCAACCAAAACGUUCAAAGCAGUAGCACUGCCUGGCGCCCCCUAGAGGCGUCAUCAACUCUCUAACCCCACCCACUGAAGCACGCCAGUCACUGGUUCACCAGGAUAGUGGUGAUCCCCACCAUGACCAUAUCAGAAUGGAAGGGGCCUGGUAGACAAACAUGACUGGGGAGACACUCUGACCAUAUCUCCACAAAGCAGAGAAAAUGAUAUGUAAACUACAUAUGUAGUUAGUGCAGCUGUGGCCAGGGCUAGGCUAAGGAACCCUCCAACUUUAUCCCUGAAAACCAAAUGGCACAAUAUCAGACGAGAGUAUCCAUAUCCACCACUCUUAAGAUGCCAUUACCUCACCUAUCCCAGACUAACUCAACUCUUCAUCCAAGGUUAACUCCCCUAUGCCAGACUAACUCAACUCUUCAUCCAAGGUUAACUCCCCUAUCCCAGACUAACUCCACUCUCCAUCCAAGGUUAACUCCCCUAUCCCAGGCUAACUCCACUAUCCAUCCAAGGUUAACUCCCCUAUCCCAGACUAACUCCACUCUCCAUCCAAGGUUAACUCCCCUAUCCCAGGCGAACUCCCUCCCAGUCCAUCAUCCAACCCAGGCAAACCUCACCUAUCCCAUGCUCCUCUCCUGCAAACACAGCACAUACCAGCCCCUCCUUUCGCAGAAUGUAUUAGGAGAAAUCUUUUCAAUUCACAGAGAAACAUUUGUAAAGAAUUUGAGAGUUUUUAUUUUUUAUUUCUAUGGCUAACCUGUAAGCAGAAUAAUGUGUAUUUAAACAGGUUUUACAAGACGUAAAACAUUUUUAUUUCUUAAUAAAAAAAAUAUCUUUCAAAUAAAGCCUUUGCUUCUCUU